UCAUCAACUUGUAUAUCAAUAGUGGUCCUGACAGCCCCAGUGGGGUGGCUGAGCGGUGCCAAAGAGCCAUCGAGGACAUCCCAAGUCUCCUUUGACCCCUGAAGCAUCCCCAAGGUGUCCCCAAGGUGUCCCCACUGUUCCCAGCCCUGCUGCAGCCACAGGUCACCGUGGUGGCCACCCUGGGCGAGCUGCUGGCCGCCCUGCCCAGGCGGGACGAGGAGAUGCUGCCUGUGUCCACAUUGCGUCUGUACUGGGACCUGGAGGAAUUCACCAGGGCCCUCUGGGACACCCGGGACUGCACUGAUGACUCCUGGUGGCACUGCAAUGUCACCUCUGAUGAUGAUGACCCUGUCACCUCCCUGAGCCAGGCCCUGGCCACCUACAAGAGUGCCCCAUGGACCCCCCGGAACCACAUGACAAUGGUGGCCAGCAAGUGGCAGGGGGAGGUGGUCACUGAGGCAGCCACUGAGGCGGUCACCGCCACCACCCGGGCCAGGGAGCUGCAGGACGAGGCUGCCCGUUAUUGGAUAGAUCAGGAAAUCAUGAUGGAGCUGGGUCUGGCCAUGGACUGGAUUGAGUGGGCUGUGAUGGACACAGAGCAUGAGGCGCAGGUGAGGAGAGAUGCCAGGGAGGCUGCCAGCUGGGCAACAAGGGCCACCAUGGUGAGACAGCAGGUGGAGGUGGCCCUGGGGCUGCUGGAGCGCUUGGUGGCCGCGUGUGACGAAGACACCGCCUUCCCCCGGGAGCUGCAGCUCAGGAUUGGGGACAUUGGGGCCGCCCUGGAGGGGACAAAUGAGGCAUCCCCCAAUGUCCCUGAGGACUUGGUGGCCAAGGUGGCCGAGGCCGAGCGGCUGUGGGAGGCCAACGCCCGCCUGGCCAAGGAUCACCUGGUGGGGACGCUUCAAGACAUCAUCGACUGCUACUUCGGCUGUGUUCCCAACAACCCCCAUUGCCACAGGGUGGCUGAGUGGUGCCAAAGAGCCAUCGAGGACAUCCCAAGGCUCCUUCGACCCCCAGAGCGUCCCCAGAGUGUCCCCAAGGUGUCCCCAGUGAGCAUGGAACUCCAAAAGCUGUCCCUGGCCCUGCUGCAGCCACAGGUCACCGUGGUGGCCAUCCUAGGCGAGCUGCUGGCCACCCUGCCUAGUCAGGACGAGAUGAUACUGUUACUUAUGGCCCCAAGAUGGCUGUACUGGGACCUGGUGGACUUCACCACGGAGUUCCAGACCACCCAGUACUGCUUUGAUGACACCUGGUGGCACAAUGUCAUCUCCGAUGAUGAUGAUCCUGUCACCUCCCUGAGCCAGGGCCUGGCCGCCUGCAGGAGCACCCCAUGGACCACCCGGAUGCGUGUGACAAUGGUGGCCAGGAAGUGGCAGCGGUUGGUAGCUGUGCUUGUGGACAGGUGGGCCGAGCUGGCCAGGAAGGCCACCAAGCUCCGCAACACCUGCAGGAAGGUGGUCAAUGAGGCGGCCUACAGGGUGACCGCCUUCACUGCCCAGGGAAGGGACCUGCAGGACGAGGCUGCCCGUGAUGGGACAGCUCAAGAAAACAUGGUGGAGCUGGGUCAGGCCCUGGGCGGGGAGGAGGGGGCCGAGGUGCUGGCCGGGCAGGAAGACCAGGUGAGGACAGAUGCCUGGGUGGCUGCCAGCAAGGCAACAAUGGCCACCAAGGUGAGACAGCGGGUGGAGACGGCCCUGGGGCUGCUGGAGCACUUGGUGGCUGUGUGUGACGAAGCCACUGCCUUCCCCCGGGAGCUGCAGCUCAGGGUUGGGGACAUUGAGGCCACCCUGAAAGAGAUAAAUGAGGCAUCCCCCAAUGUUCCCGAGGCCUUGGUGGCCAAGGUGGCCAUGGCUGAGCGGCUGUGGGAGGCCAAUGCUCGCCUGAUCAAGGAUCAGCUGGUGGGGACACUUGAUGACAUCAUUGAUUUCUUGUUCACUGGUGAUUCUGCCAGCCUCAGUGCCUGUGAGGUGGCCGAGCGGUGCCAGAGCGCCAUCGAGGACAUCCCAAGGCUCCUUCAACCCCUGGAGCAUCCCCAGAGCGUCCCCAAGGUGUCCCCAGGGAGCAUGGAGCCCCAAGAGCUGACCCCGUCCCUGCUGAGGCCACAGGUCACCGUGGUGGCCAUCGUGGGUGAGCUGCUGGCCACCCUGCCCUGGCGGGACGAGGAGAUGCUGCCCAAAUCCCCGGAGUGCCUGUGCUGGGACCUGAUUUGCUUCACCCAGGAGCUCCAGGCCACCCUGCACCGCAUUGAUGACACCUGGAGGCGCCAAAAUGUCACCUCCGUUGAUGAUGACCCUCUCACCUCUGGUGAUGAUGAUCCUCUCACUUCCGAUGAUGAUGACCCUCCCACCUCCCUGAGCCAGCCCCUGGCCGCCUGCAAGAGCACCCCAGGGACUACGUGGGACCAUGUGACAAUGGCAGCCAGCAAGUGGCACAGGUCAGUGUCUGUGCUUGUGAACAGCUGGGCCCGGCUGGCCAGGAAGGCCACCAAGCUCCGCAAUGCCUGCAAGAGGGCGGUCAAUGAGGCAGCCUACAGGGUGGCCGCCUUCACCGCCUGGGAGAGGGACCUGCAGGACAAAGCUGCCCGUUAUUGGACCGCUCAGGAAGACAUUCUGGAGCUGAGUCAGGCCCUGGGCAGGGAGGAGGGGGCCAAGGUGGUGGCCAGGCGUGAAGCCCAGGUGAGGGAAGAGGCCAUGGAGGCUGCCAACGAGGCAAGAAGGGCCACCAUGGUGAGACAGAGGAUGGAGGUGGCCCUGGGGCUGCUGGAGCGCUUGGUGGCCACGUGUGACGAAGCCACCGCCUUCCCCCGGGAGCUGCAGCGCCUGCUCAGGAACAUCGAGGCCCCCCUGGAGGGGACAAAUGAGGGGUCCCCCAAUGUCCCCGAGGCCUUGGUGGCCAAGGUGGCCCUUGCCAAGCUUCUGUGGGAGGCCAACAUCCGUGUGGUUAAGAAUCACCUGGUGGGGACAGUUGAAUACAUCAUCAAGUUCUAUUUCUUUGGUCAUCGCACUGGUCCCAGUACCUGUGUUGUGGCUGAGCGGUGCCAAAGAGCCACCGAGGACAUCACAAGGCUCCUUCGACCCCAGGAGCGUCCCCAAGGUGUCCACAAGGUGUCCCCAGUGACCAUGGAGCUCCAAGAGCUGCAGGCACUUGUGGCCGUGGUGGCCACCCUGGGAGAGCUGGUGGCUACCGUGACUGGGCCACACAGAGCCAAGUGCCUGCACAAGUCCCCAGACUCCCUGCAAGAGGACCUGAGGAGAUUCACCCGGAGCCUUCAUGCGAUCCUGGACCACGGCAGUUGUGAGAGCUGCAGCCAGUGCCUGGUGGGAGUUGGUGGCCAGGCUCGUGGACAGCUGGGACGGCUGGCCAGGGAGGCCACCGAGCUCCGUGACAACCACAGGAAGAUGGUCACGGAGCAGCAGAUGAUGGUGACCCUGGACAAGGAAGAGGUGGCCUGGGAAAUGGCCACGCACGAUGCCCAGGUGGUGUCAGCCACCAAUGAGGCCAUGGCAGAGGCUGGGGUGGCCACCAGGAGAGGACAUUGGGUAGUGAUGGCCCUGGGGCUGCUGCAGCGCUUGGUGGCCACGUGUGACAGAGCCACCUUGUUCAACUGGAUCAUGGAGUGCCAGCUCAAGGACAUCGAGGCCAUCCUGAAGGGGAUAAAUGAGGUGUCCCCUGAAGUCCUGCAGACCUUGGUUGCCAAAGUGGCCGAGUUUGAGCGGCUAUGGGGGGCCAGCACCCGCCUGGCCAAGGAUCACCUCUUGGGCGCACUUGGAGACAUCCACGACCUCCUCUUGAGUCCCUGUGGUGACCAUGGUGGCCCUGGUGGCCCCAGCAGCCGUGCGGUGGCCGAGCGGUGCCAAAGAGCCAUUGAGGACAUCCCAAGGCUGCUGCUGGGACAGUGA